AUGACCUUCGCAGCACUGGACCUGCGGGAAGGACCUGCUGAGUUCUGCCUGCUGCAAGAGGAGACUGAAGGGUCCAGGAGCAUCCUGCCUGUUGGCCCCGCGCCCGCGACUGCGCUCUGGGCCCGCGCGCCCCGCCCCCACCUGGCGGCCUGCGCGGAGGCGGCCCGGGGGCGCAGCCUCCCGACCCUCUGCGUGCGCCACUCGCCCCCGGCCCUCCAGGCAUCGGAGCCCCUGGGCUACCGGGGAGUCUGGGGCCUGCGCGCCAGGUGUGCUCCCGGCGGGAUGAAGCAGGCCCUGGUGGACGAUACUGAGGAUGUGUCCCUGGACUUUGGCAACGAAGAGGAGCUGGCCUUUAGGAAAGCCAAGAUCAGGCACCCCUUGGCCACCUUCUUCCACCUGUUUUUCCGAGUGAGUGCCAUCCUCACCUACGUGUGCUGCGACUGGUUCAGCAGGAGCUUUGUGGGCUGCUUUGUCACUGUGCUGGUCCUCCUGUCCUUGGACUUCUGGUCUGUGAAGAAUGUAACUGGGAGACUCAUGGUGGGCCUUCGAUGGUGGAACCAGAUAGAUGAAGACGGGAAAAGCCACUGGAUUUUUGAAGCCAGGAAGGUCUCUCCAAACAACAUCGCUGCCACGGAAGCAGAAGCGCGAAUCUUCUGGCUCGGCCUCAUCAUCUGCCCCAUGAUUUGGAUCGUGUUCUUCUUCAGCACCUUGUUCUCCCUGAAGCUGAAGUGGCUGGCUCUUGUGAUCGCUGGAAUUUCUCUCCAAGCUGCGAACCUGUACGGCUACAUCCUUUGUAAGAUGGGAGGUGAGAGUGACCUCAGCAAGGCUACAGCCAGUUUUUUGCCCCAGGCGGUAUUCCAGACGGCCUGCUCAGGUGACUUUCAGAAGCCUGGUCUUGAGGGGCUGGAGAUUCACCAGCGUUAGGCUUGUCUUCAGAGGCAGAAAUGGCUUAAAUGGGACUUUGUGACUGAAGAAGCUUCCAAUGG